GCUGUAGAGGAUGUAGGGCCAUUCAGUCUCGAGCCGGCGUGCUACAAGGAACUACACUUGCUCCUACACUUUUCUGUCAAAAUGUGUGACGACGAUGUUGCUGCGUUGGUUAUCGACAACGGCUCCGGCAUGUGUAAGGCCGGGUUCGCCGGUGACGACGCCCCAAGAGCUGUCUUCCCCUCCAUCGUCGGUCGUCCCCGUCAUCAGGGUGUGAUGGUCGGUAUGGGACAGAAGGACAGCUACGUCGGUGACGAGGCUCAGUCAAAGAGAGGUAUUCUCACCCUUAAGUACCCCAUUGAGCACGGUAUCGUCACCAACUGGGACGACAUGGAGAAGAUCUGGCAUCACACCUUCUACAACGAGCUCCGUGUGGCUCCAGAGGAGCACCCAGUCCUCCUGACUGAGGCUCCACUCAACCCCAAGGCCAACCGUGAGAAGAUGACACAGAUCAUGUUCGAGACCUUCAACUCUCCAGCUAUGUAUGUGGCCAUCCAGGCUGUUCUGUCUCUGUACGCUUCUGGUCGUACGACGGGUAUUGUUUUGGAUUCUGGUGAUGGUGUCACCCACACUGUUCCCAUCUAUGAAGGUUACGCCCUUCCCCACGCUAUUCUCAGGUUGGACCUUGCUGGUCGUGAUCUCACAGACUACCUCAUGAAGAUCCUCACUGAGCGUGGUUACUCUUUCACCACCACUGCCGAACGAGAAAUCGUCAGGGACAUCAAGGAGAAACUGGCCUAUGUGGCUCUUGACUUCGAACAGGAAAUGCAGACUGCUGCCUCUUCCUCUUCAUUGGAGAAGAGCUACGAGCUUCCCGACGGUCAGGUCAUCACCAUUGGCAACGAGAGAUUCCGUUGUCCAGAGGCCCUCUUCCAGCCAUCCUUCUUGGGUAUGGAAUCUGCUGGUAUCCACGAAACAACAUACAACUCCAUCAUGAAGUGUGAUGUUGAUAUUCCUAUGUAUGUGGCCAUCCAGGCUGUUCUGUCUCUGUACGCUUCUGGUCGUACGACGGGUAUUGUUUUGGACUCUGGCGAUGGUGUGUCCCACACUGUCCCUAUCUACGAGGGUUACGCCCUUCCCCACGCCAUCAUGAGACUGGACCUUGCUGGUCGUGACCUCACAGACUACCUCAUGAAGAUCCUGACCGAGCGUGGUUACUCCUUCACCACCACUGCCGAACGAGAAAUCGUCAGGGAUAUCAAAGAAAAAUUAGCUUAUGUUGCUUUAGACUUUGAACAGGAAAUGCAGACUGCUGCCUCUUCCUCUUCAUUGGAGAAGAGUUACGAGCUUCCCGACGGUCAGGUCAUCACCAUUGGCAACGAGAGGUUCCGUUGUCCAGAGGCCCUCUUCCAGCCAUCCUUCUUGGGUAUGGAAUCUGCUGGUAUCCAUGAAACAACAUACAACUCCAUCAUGAAGUGUGAUGUUGAUAUUCGUAAAGACUUGUAUGCCAACACUGUUCUCUCAGGAGGUACCACCAUGUUCCCCGGUAUCGCCGACAGAAUGCAGAAGGAGAUCACAGCCCUUGCUCCACCAACAAUGAAGAUCAAGAUCAUCGCUCCUCCAGAGAGGAAAUACUCCGUUUGGAUCGGUGGCUCCAUCCUUGCCUCUCUGUCCACCUUCCAGCAGAUGUGGAUCAGCAAGCAGGAGUACGAUGAGUCCGGCCCAUCCAUUGUCCACAGAAAGUGUUUCUAAAGCACACUAAGCGAUUUGUUGGACAAUGUGUGCAAUAUUCAGUCACGCAUACAUCUUCACAAACCGACACUUUAUCGGUUGCUCAAAUAAUAUAUUUGAUUUUUCAAAAAUAAAGUGAAAAAAUAA